AUGCCAGAAGCAGCAGUAGCAGUAGAAAGAGCAGCAGUAGUAAGAGCAGCAAUAACAGCAAGCGAGAGCUCCGUGGCAGCUGCAGGGGUGGCUGCUCCAGGGGCGGCUGCUGCAGUGGCAGUUGCUCCAAGGGCGGCUUCUGCUGUGGCGGCUGCUCCACGGGCGGCUGCUGCAGUGGCGUCUGCUCCAGGGGCGGCUGCUGCAGUGGCGGCUGUUUUAGGGGCGGCUGCUGCAGUGGCGACUGCUCCAUGGGUGGCUGCUGGAGUAGCGGCUGCUCCACGGGCGGCUGCUGCAGUGGCGGCUGCUCCCGGGGCGGCUGCUGUAGUGGCGGCUGCUCCAGGGGCGGCUGCUGCAAUGGCGGCUGCUCCAGGGGCGGCUGCUGCAGUGGCGGCUGCUCUAGGGGCGGCUGCUGCAGUGGCGGCUGCUCCAGGGGCGGCUGCUCCACGGGCGGCUGCUGCAGUGGCGGCUGCUCCAGGGGCUGCUGCUGCAGUGGUGGCUGCUCCAGGGGCGGCUCCUGCUGCUGGGCGACUCGGCGGCUCGGCUCCCCGCUAG